GCUCUUUAAGCGACACAGUUAGGGGACAUUCGGCAGAUUUUCCUUUCUCGUAUACCGAAAAUGGGAAAUGCUUAGCAACCUAGGCUAGAGGCUUCCAAUUGAUCCACGGUAACAGCUGAGAAUGGCAAAUGGUUCCUUUUAUUCCCGCUACCGAGCAAACACUCCCUUUUGUGGAGCCUCGGUUAGCAUCUAGGGUUUCUCGGAUGCUCCCGCUAGGGUAUGCGGACUCUCAACUAGCAGAUGAAGUAACUUCUCUUAGGUGCCGCGCGUGAAACCUUUCUUAAGCAGUGGGAUAUACAUCCGUUCCGGGUCCGGGUCCGGGUCCGGUUUUCAAGCAAAAUAAAUCUAUCUAGCAACACAGUCCAACAGUAGUUUUGCAUCGGUACUAUUACGAACCAAGAACAGCAUGCCCACUUCUAAAUUUUCUGUGGAAGAUCCGUUCACCUACCUUGUAGGCCUGAAUAACCACCAUGAAUCAGAAGCAGAACCCAACGCGGUGCCGAAGAAUCAAAACCUGCCACAGCGACAUAAAUUAGGUUUGUACCCUGAGCGUAUCUCCGGCACCUCUUUCACUGCCAAACGCGCACACAAUCGCCAGACUUUCUUAUAUCGGAUCUAUCCGUCAACUGCUCAGUCAACAUGGAAACGUGUACCGGAUCAUCCACUGUCUUUAAACUUGAAAGAGAGCGUACAACAUCUACCAGACCAAUUUGUCUGGCCCCCAUUUGAAGUCCAGGCCGACAAGACGCUCAUUGAUAGCAUGAAUUUGAUUGGUGGAGCUGGUGAUCCGACUAUCAAAGAUGGGAUUGCUUAUUACUCUUACGCCUGUGGAAAGAGCAUGGAUGAGAAAUCUGCAUUCUAUAGUGCAGACGGCGAUUGGCUUAUAGUCCCCCAACUCGGUGUUCUCGACAUUCAGACAGAAAUGGGAAUGCUUCGAGUUCGACCAAGAGAAAUAUGCGUCAUUCCACGCGGAAUUCGUUGGAGAGCUGCCGUUCACUCCAGCCCUGCCCGUGGGCACAUCGUGGAGACAUUUAGUGGCCAUAUAGAUGUACCAGAAAUCGGCGUCUCAGGUACACUUUGUCUUGCGAAUGUGAGAGAUUUUGAGAUUCCAAUUGCAAAGUACGUCGAUAUCGAGGAACCAACAACAGUUUAUGCGAAGUUUGGUGGAAUGUUACACAAAGCAAAUAUGAUCGGUAGUGCAUUCAAUGCUGUGGGUUGGCAAGGUAACUACUAUCCUUUCAAAUAUGACUUAGGAAAAUUUAUGCCUCUGGGGUCGACGCUUUACGACCAUCAAGAUCCAUCAAUUUUCACGGUCUUAACGUGCCCUUCCAGCAUGCCAGACCAUCCGGCAUUGGACUUUUUGUACAUGGGUCCUCGGUGGUUUGUCAUGGAGGACACCUUCCAACUACCAUAUUUCCAUCGCAAUGUCAUGUCGGAAUUUUCAGGUGUGAUCAGUGGAGGUUUUGACCUGUCAAAAGUUCCGAAGCCCAUGUGGGGUAUGUGUGGGCUGAACAAUAGCGUCAGCCCUCAUGGUUUGAGCAAGGAAGAAGUUGAAGAGGCGAUGUCGAAGAAGCUAGAACCGGAACGUGUACCCGAGAAUCAUGUUGGCUUUUUGUUUGAGAGUUGUUUCCAGAUUGGUAUAACCGAAUGGGCGCUCAAAAGAGCCAUUCCGACAAACCGUAGGUCAGAUUUUGGAGGGUUUAAGAAAUACUUUAAGACUUCUAAGAUCUAAGCAUUUUUGACAAGACCAUAUACAUGGAAUGACAAAAUUACACUCAAUGGAAAAAACAACUUUCAGCGAGAGAUGAAUGUAUUUGUAAACUCAAAGUUUGCCAGUAAAUAUAUGAUCAAUAUUGAAGAGAGCUCGUGUAAGCCGCCUCACGUGCUAAA